UCAGAGGUUUCAGUUAGUUGGAGCCCGGAGAUCAGCGUGAGAAGAUGUGUUUUACCGACACGAUAUGAGUAUCUGUUUCCCGUAUUAGUGGAGGUUGGUUGGCUUUUAAAUAAGCGCUGAGUAAACUGUCUGCAAUUUUUCAAGUGGAAAAGAUUUUAGGGCUGUUGAAUUUAUUCUAUUCAGGGAAUAAAUGUGACUAAACUUAACACAAGCAAAGUAGGCGAAUGAAUAUGGAAUUUGUUGUUGAGUGAAGUGAACAAAAUCCUUUCCCUGAAGGGAUGUGAAAAUCUCUUGCUGUAGUGCAAAACAAAAUAAAAAAAAAACACUUCGCAUUGAAGAAUAAAUAUGCAGACCUAAUUGCUGAGACGCCUUCAGGGCGGUGAGACGGUGCUGAAAUAUUCGACCAGAAAUAAAUACCUAGUUCGCAAAAGAAUCUCUCCAAAGACGUGACAAUAUUGAAUUAUAGUUGAGCCUACAUUCAUUUCGCUUAUUGUGUGCUUCAUUCAAUUACGGUAGCAAGAGGUGGGAAAUCGAAAGGUAACGUUGAAAGCAGCAAGGACAUUGCCUCGGUGGAAACGCCUGAUAAACUCUCACAGGAAAACUCACAUGACUAGAACAAGAGCCAUGCCGAAGGGAAUCGACUAUCGAACACUAAUAGCACGGGGUAGUCCUUCGCGAAAGGCGCACGCCUUCAAAAUCCCUUCACGCAGAGCACGUGUAAAGCUAGCUCUGAUACUACUGAGCAUACUCUUGGUGUUUUUGUACAGCAUCAGCCUACCGUUGUGGAUUAACGGGAGCGGUACCGGCAAUCCAUACUGGGAGGAAGCAUUCAUUACCAAAGAUGAUGAGCAGCAUUUCAACUACAACAGUUCGUACUUUGUUAACACGGUAGGCUGUAAAAUGCCCAGUUUACCGAUUAUGGAUGAGCACAUACAAAAAUACGUUCAAAAGGUCGAGCCAUUGAACUGCACUCCAGCAUUGAUUCAGAGCGAUAGUAACACGAUCUGGUUCCAGCUGACGGAAGAAGAUAUUGAUCGAUACUACGAUUUGACGAAUGCCAGUUUGAUUCAGUGCUGUUAUAGACCAUUCGAACGGAGAUCCAACAACGGUGUACGUAUCAUCGGACAGGAAAUUUGCUUCGACUAUGGUGAACGAAUAGAGAUCGAUAGUGAAUUUAUUGCGAUUAUCUGUACUCAUCCGAGCAAAAAUAAGUUCAUUUUCUAUAGAGACUACUUUGCAUUCGUUCCUUUAAAGUUGAACGUCGAGGAUCGCUGCGAAAAAACUCAGAACGAUUUGAAAACUAAAUUUCAACCAAACGGUGAUAAACUAGGAGUUAUGAUACUUGGCAUCGACAGUGUUUCAAGACUGAACUUCCAUAGGCAGAUGCACAAAACUGCCGAGUUCGUGAUUGAUCGACUGAAAGCUGUUGAAAUGUUUGGAUAUAACAAGGUCGGCGACAACACGUACCCAAAUCUUGUUCCAGUGUUGACCGGCUUGGACGUAGAUGAGUUAACGGCUGCAUGUCUUCCCAACUCGAGCAGCACUUUCGAUUUGUGUCCUUUUAUAUGGCAAAAGUUUGCUGGAGCUGGUUAUCGUACGAUCUACUCUGAAGAUAGCAGCACACUAGAAACGUUCAAUUAUCUUAAGAAGGGCUUCCAUGACCAACCCACUGAUUACUAUCUGAGAAGUUUCUUCAGCGAAGCGGAUUCUUCGAUCGGAUACAAUAAAAAGGCAAACGCCAAGCUUUGUCUAGGUGGAAGAAAUCCCACUCAAAUACUGGUGGAAUACGCUAAAAAGAUUGUGACCACUAUGACUAAUCGACUCAGUUUCUCACUGUUGUGGGCUUGUACUAUGACACAUGACUUGCUGAACUAUCCUUCUUUGGUAGAUGACGACUACAGAGAUCUGCUCGAGCACAUGGUGAAAGAAAAAUUUCUGGACAAAAAUGUCGUUAUUCUACUUAGUGAUCAUGGAAUACGAUGGGGGAAUUAUCGCAACACAUAUCAAGGUAUGAUGGAAGAGCGACAACCUUUCCUAUACAUAAUUCUUCCUGAGUGGUUCCAACAAAAGUAUCCCGCCGCCUUUCGCAAUCUACGGAAGAACCGACAGCAAUUGACGUCACCCUUUGACUUAUACGAAACAUUAAAAGACUUGGUCGACUUAGCUUCCAUAACCCAUUUAACAAUCAAGAAACGGUCCACCGAACUGCUUGACACAAAACCCAUUCCACGGGGGAUCAGUCUUUUCCUACCCAUGUCUCCCAUGCGAACUUGUGAAGAUGCUGGGAUCGCUGCACAUUGGUGCACAUGCCACAAUCACAAACCGAUCGCAACCAACGACUAUCGAGUGGUAACUGCGACACGCUUCACUGUCGAAAGUCUGAACCAAAUGCUGAAGAAGUAUCCUCAGUGCAGCGUUCUUCAUUUGUAUACGAUCGAGGACGCAACUCUGGGUGUUUCAACGGAGGAAAUAUUAUCUAAGAAACCGACCAAUCAAUUCAGCGACAUCAGUGUCCGUUUUGUAACGAAACCAGGCGGAGCAGAGUUCGAAGCAACGAUCAGAAUUGAUUAUAAAAAUCAGAGUUCGUUGACUGGCAGUGUUAGUCGGACAAACCUGUACGGGAAACAGAGCUACUGCGUGGACGAUUAUCGAAUGAAGCUGUAUUGCUUUUGUACGAGAUAGAUUAGCAAUGUUGUUGGAAUAUGUUUAACUAUUCUAUAGAUUAAAGGGUCGAUAAAUGUGAUUUAUUUUGUGAUUAGAUCGUAGGAUAAAUACAUAAGGACUAUAAAUUAAGGAAUUUGUUUUAAAACAGCUAACUUCUUUUCAAAUCGUCGAGGAAAAAGGCAGUUCUUUAAGAAUGAUCGAAUAUUUAAAGUAAAAUACGAUACCCAAUUGAACGACAAAGAUGCGUUUAUGAUUUUAUCACGCAAAACCAAUAAAAAAUUUUUUUAUAAA